UACAUCAUCAUCCGGCUGCGAAAGUUAUAUUCGGCAAAUUGCCUUUCCAUCACUUUGCCUGAGAAUUUUGGAAAUCUUGCAAACUGAAAUAAACAAGCAAUGGCCCAAGCUAUGGCUUCAAUGGCAGGAUUACGUGGAUCCUCUCAAGCUGUGCUGGAUGGCAGCCUCCAGCUCAGCGGUUCUGGCCGCUUGAGCACAUCCAGCACCACCAGAAUUGCCUUGGCUAGACCAGGAUUCAGCGUUAGAGCCCAGCAAGGAUCAGGCGAGACCGAAACAAGCCGCCGAGCCAUGUUGGGGCUUGUUGCAGCUGGGAUUGCCUCAGGAUCUUUUGUUCAGGCAGCGCUUGCUGAAGCCAGGGCAAUCAAGGUUGGAGGACCACCACCGCCCUCUGGCGGGUUGCCCGGAACUUUGAACUCAGACAUUCCGAGAGACCUUGAUUUGCCACUGAAGGACCGUUUCUUCAUUCAGGCGCUGUCACCGGCUGGGGCAGCAGCGAGGGCGAAGGAUAGUGCCAAGGAUAUUAUUAAUGUAAAGGGAUUGAUAGACAAGAAGGCUUGGCCUUAUGUACAAAAUGACCUUCGUCUAAAGGCUGAAUUACUUCGCUAUGAUCUCAACACUGUCAUCUCAGCAAAACCCAAAGAUGAGAAGAAACAGCUGAAAGAUCUCACCGGGAAGCUGUUCCAGACCAUCAGCGAUUUGGAUCAUGCAGCGAAGAUCAAGAGCACUCCUGAAGCAGAGAAGUACUAUGCAGCAACUGUAUCUACUUUAAAUGAUGUUCUAUCAAAACUUGGUUAAAGAAAAUCAAUGUACCUUGGUGUAAGCUUUUGUUGAGAAAUCAGAUGACACUUUCAAAUUUAAUUUCUCAAGGAAUCUUUCAUAA